AGGCUUUGAGUAAAUCUACAACAAACGAUGCUGAAUAAAAGAUAUUUGGGCUAAAGGGGCUCAUAAUACUACCUGUCGUCUUUCUUGCCAUCUUUAUGAGGUAGUGUUUGAGUUUGUAUGCUAAAAAAACAAGGAUUUUACCAUACCAGAAGGUGGUUAUCGCAGGGAGGAAGAUGGAGGGAGGCACUGCGGUGGAGAGAGAAAGAAGAUGGUUGGGUAGGAGGGAAGAUAGCCCCUGCUUUGAGACGGCGGUACAGCGGCAGAGGGUUGCAAUGUCGACUUUGCUGAGGAUAUGACCACCCAGUACGUCGAUUGGUAGUUUAGCUAGGGAUUCUAGGCCGCCACUGUCUCCGUCGUGAUAUGGUAAGGAUUCCUCGUUUAGUAGCUGAGCUAGGCCGCUGUAACCGCCGUGAGAUGGUGGCGAGAAUUUUAGUUUAGAAAUUGAUGGGGAAAUGGAGGUUGUAAUUUUGUUUCCCAUUUGUUUGUCAAAGAAGGAAUUGAUCGGAAAGAGAUGAGAUAGGGUGGGGAACGAACUGGUUGUGUACGGGGUAGAAGUAACCUAGCAGAUCAUCCAUGUCACAGCAGAUCAUCGGACAUCUGAUAAGACAGAUCAAGCAAAGCAAUCGCAGGAAGUACCUAUUGAAAGUACCACAAGUCCUCAAGAACCGCGCAGACCCUCAGAUCUGCGGGGAAACGACCUACUAGACGACAACAUAGAUACGUCGUUAACCAAAAGGACAAACAAUAAGUACAUCACUAGCGUACACGCGGCAACAUCUGAAUAGGCCAAAGUACUGAAUAGUACGCCUAUAAAUACUGCCGUCCCCAUUCAUUUGCGGACACGUUCAAUACAAGUACAAUUCUUAACCCUCUCUACUUUCUCUCUCUAGAGCAUUAUCUCGUUUGCUGACUUAGGCAUCGGAGGGGGUUUCCUCGGUUAAACCCCCGAGGUUAGCUUACGUUCGUUCUGUCUGACAGGGCAACAUCACCAGGCAGGGCUCCUCCAGUUCCAUACUCGGAACAAGUGGCGCUAGAAGGAGGGGGACCUCCCAGACCUCGCUCUUUAAAAACCUAUCCUCCCACAUAAUGACCGAGUCAAGCGAACCGGUAAUCCAACAGAUAGAACCACCCACCUCAAAAAACAACCAGAAAACCACAAACAUACCCUUGUUUGGCAUACCUUAAAGUCUUGGUCCGCCAAGAGAAACACCACAACCCAGAGCUAUGGCAACCCCCAGCCAGGCCCAAGGUAUCCCAAUUCCGAUCAGGCCUCGCUAGCACGGCUGGGGGCACAGUUCUCACCUGACCAGAUGCGCACAGCAAUAGAAGUCCUGACAUUCUUUACUCAAACAACCCCACAAGCCCAGGUCAUGAGAACAGCCUCAGAGGUUGAGGUUGAACAGAGGAGAAAACGUCCCAGACCCCAACAUAGUCCGAAUGUCUGGAGGAGGAAUCUGCAGCAAGACAUGGAAGGGGCUGACAAUCAAGAGUAUGAAGCAGAGAGUAUCACACCAAGCAGAGCUCAACCCCGAGCAAGGACUGAACAAGCACCCAGUCAUAGACACCACUCCGUGUCAGGUACGCCCAAUCCCAUCCGAGCAGUAGUUAAGCCUGAUAACUCUCCCUUCUGCGAUGAAAUACUCUCUGAAAGAAUGGAAAAGAUAAAAAUGCCCACCUGCAAAUACUCUGGAAAGACAGACCCAACGAAUCACCUCUCUGCCUUUGGGGGACACAUGAUGCUAUAUACCAACACAGACUCUAUGUGGUGUAAGGUCUUUCCUUCCACUCUAGAGGGGAUGGCACAGAGCUGGUUUGGUAAAAUACCCAAAGGCACCAUAACCUCUUUCCGGCAGCUAGCUAUCUUGUUUCGCACCCAAUACGUGGCAAACAUUUCCAGAGAAAGGAUGACAGGGGAGCUGAUGUCAGUCAUCCAGGGGCCUCAGGAAUCUCUGAGGGAAUACAUAUCCAGAUUCAAUAUGGAGGCGUCGAAUAUACCCAAGUUGCAGCAGGAGGUAGCAGUCCUGGCCAUGAUGACUGGUCUGCGGGAUGGAGAGUUCAAGAGUUAUCUGGGCAGAAAAUCAUUCACAACCCUGGCAGAGGUACUAGGAAAGACAAAUGAAUUUAUAAAGAGUGAAGAAAUUGGCAGAGCAACCUCACGUCGAUAUGUGGCAAGUGAGAACAAUUACGGUAAUCAGAGCAAGAAAGAGCCAUACAAAAAAGAAUACCCAGACAGAAGAGAAAACCCACAGCCCAGAAAAGACUGGCAGGGACCAGGCAGAGGCAGAGGUAACGAAUUCAAAACUGAAAAAAGGGGGAAGUUCAAUGAAUAUACCCCCUUAGUGGCAUCCAGAACUCAAAUUUUUGCCAUCAGCAAAGAAGACGAGAAGUGGCAAAGAUCUCCCAAAAUGUACAACAAAUACAGGGACCCAAAAAAGUACUGUGACUUUCACAGAGAUCAUGGCCACCUCACAGAAGAAUGCACUCAUUUGAAGGAUAAUAUCGAAGAUCUAAUUCGGAGGGGAUACUUGACUCAGUUCAAAGCAAAAAGCUCGUAUAGCAGGACCUAUGAGAAUAGAGAUAAUGAUAAUAGGUCCGACAAUAAGAAGGUGGAACCCAAGCAAAGCUACCCAGCAGACCAAAAGAGAAUAGGCGACAUUUUGGUCAUAACAGGAGGGCCAGUUUACGCAGGAACCACUGUUAGCGGGGCCAAGGCCAGUGUGAGCGAAUUCAAACACCAGGUUAAUUACCACAAUUCUGGCAGGUGGCCUGCCCCUCCAAAAAUCCCGCAGUGCACUUUCACAGAGGAGGACUGUAAAGGCAUAAUAUACCCCCAUGACGACCCUAUGGUACUAGCCCUGAACGUAGCAAAGAGAAAAAUCCACCGUAUUCUGAUAGACGGAGGUAGCUCUGCAAACAUCUUGUUCUGGCCUGCUUUCCAAGAGUUGCAAAUUGAUGAGAAAUACGUAAAGCCAGUCAAUUACCCAGUAAUCGGAUUCACAGGAGCCACAGUGAUACCAGAAGGGAUAGUCAGUUUGCCAGUGCAGAUUGGCCAAGGGAAGGAUAUCAAGGACAUCAUGGUAGACUUCAUGAUUGUGAAAGUCCCCGCAGCCUACAACGUCAUUCUUGGCAGACCAUUCAUUCAUGACGCAGGGGCUGUAGUCUCUACUUAUCACCUCACCAUGAUGUAUACGACAAAUGAUGGCCGCUUAGCCAAGGUCAAAGGCAGUCAGGAGCAGGCUAAGAAGUGCUACCACACAGCGCUAAAACAACCACCCAGACCCCCACCACUGGCAGAAGAAGAACUUCCCCAAUCUCGAAAAAGAAAGAGAGCAGAGCGCAAAAAAGACAAGUUGCUAAGCAUGGAAAACUUCGAGCAUCGGGAAGAAGGUCUGUUGGAACCCACGUCAACUGACGAAACUGAGGAGAUAGAAUUAGAGGAAGGGUUGACAGACAGGACGGUUCAAAUUGGCACAGACGUAGAUCUAUCCCUCGGAGUGAACAUCAUUGGUCUGCUGAGAGAGCACGCAGACAUAUUUGCUUUCUCAGCGGACGAAAUGCCAGGGAUUGACCCCAGUGUUAUGGUCCAUAGACUGAAUGUCAGCAGAGAAGUUAGGCCAGUGAAACAGAAGAAGAGAAAUUUCUCGGCAGAGAAGAAUGUAGCCAUCCAAGAAGAAAUCAACAAAUUGCUAGCAGCCAAGUUUAUAGAAGAGUGCGAUUGCCCAGAAUGGCUGGCUAACGUUGUGAUGGUAAAGAAAGCAAAUGGUCAAUGGAGGAUGUGUGUAGACUUCACAGACCUAAACAAGGCAUGUCCGAAGGACUGUUACCCAUUGCCCAGAAUAGAUCAGCUGGUUGAUUCCACCAGUGGACACGCUCUCUUGAGUUUCAUGGAUGCAUUUUCCGGCUACCAUCAGAUCAGUUUACUCGAAUCAGAUCGUAAGAAAGCUGCUUUCAUCACAGACGCUGGAGUUUAUAACUACAAAGCUAUGCCAUUCGGCCUAAAAAAUGCGGGUGCAACUUACCAGAAGCUUGUAGAUAAGAUAUUCGCACAGCAAAAGGGCCGGAAUGUGGAAGUAUAUGUGGAUGAUUCCAUAGUCAAGAGCAAAAAAGAGGCUGAUCACAUCGCAGACUUGCGGGAAACAUUUGCUACGUUGAGACAGUACGGCAUGAAACUAAACCCAAAGAAAUGUGUGUUCGGUGUUAAGUCAGGAAAAUUCUUGGGAUUUCUGGUCAGUGAAAGGGGAAUAGAUGCCAACCCAGAAAAAGUGGAGGCCAUACUCAACUUGCCAGAGCCAAAAAACAUACGAGAUAUACAGAGAUUAACUGGAAAGAUGGCAGCACUCACUCGUUUUAUCAGUAAAUCUGCAGAUAGAUCCCUCCCAUUUUUCCAGGUACUGAAAGGCAACAAAACAUUCAAGUGGGAAGCAGAGCAAGAAAAGGCAUUCGCAGAGGUAAAGAAUCAUCUGAAGAGCCUCCCAACCAUAGCCAGACCAGAAGUAGGAGAUGUUUUGCAGUUGUACAUCUCUGCCUCCAAAAAGACUGUAGCAGCAGCCUUAAUAGUGGAAAAGAACAAGGCCCAACAGCCAGUAUAUUUCGUCAGUCACAUUCUCAACCCCGCAGAGCAAAGGUACCCCCUGAUUGAAAAAAUGGCCUUCGCAAUUAUGAUAGCUGCCAGGAAGCUGAAACCAUACUUCGACGCUCACAAGUUACAAGUAUUAACAAAUCAGCCUUUAGAGAAAUCAUUGCGAAGGCUGGAUACCUCAGGCAGACUGCUGAAAUGGGCGGUAGAACUCUCAGAGUACGAUAUUGAAUACAGGCCAAGAACGGCCAUAAAGGCACAGGCACUAGCAGACUUCAUAGAUGAGGCAUCUUACGAGGAGGAAGAGGAGCCUCUGGGGACCUGACAGAUAUAUGUAGAUGGCUCAGCCGCAGUUACAGGGUCAGGAGCAAGCAUUAUAAUGACUUCACCAGAAGGUAAUGUCUUUGAAUAUGCCAUAAAGUUCAAGUUCAAAGCCUCAAAUAAUGAAGCAGAGUACGAAGCAGAUCGCAGGCAUUCAAAUGUGCAAGGCAGCGGAUGCUAAGAAAAUCGUGUUGAAAACAGAUUCCCAGUUAGUGGCCAGUCAGUAUAGAGGCGAGUAUGAAGCUCGAGAACCGUCCAUGCAGAGGUAUUUGGCACUGAUGAAAGAAGCAGUAGCCCAGUUGGAAAGCUUCGAGAUUCAGUUAGUCCCCAGAGCAGAGAAUAGCCAAGCAGAUGCUCUCUCAAAAUUAGCAAGCUCUUCGCUGCAAGACCUUGAAAGAACAGUGAUGGUGGAAGUACAGGAAGAAAAGAGUAUCGAUAAGAGGCCUAUGGUAAAUACCAUCAACACAGAGCCUCAGUGGUACGACAGUAUAUUAUCAUACAAGCUUGGCAGGGGUCUCCCUACAGCAGAGCCAGAACAGAAGAAGAUAAAGCGAAACGAACACUGGUUUGUGAUCUACCAGGGCAGAUUGUACAAAAAAUCCUUCUCCCUACCCUGCUGAGAUGCGUCUCAACAGAGGAAUCACAGAGAAUCAUUGAAGAAAUUCAUGAGGGAAUAUGUGGUAAUCAUAUUGGGGGUAGAACACUAGCCUUAAAAGCUCUCAGAGCAGGGUACUAUUGGCCAACCAUGGUGAGUGACUCGCAGUCAUACGUGAAGAAAUGCGACAAAUGCCAAAAGUUCGCUCCAGUAAUCAAUCAGCCCUCAAAUGAUCUGCAACCAAUCAUCAAUCCCAUACCAUUCGCUCAGUGGGGAAUGGACAUCCUGGGUCCGUUUACAGCCGCGAGUGGAGGAAGAAGAUACUUGAUCGUGGCAUUGGAUUAUUUCACCAAGUGGAUAGAAGCAGAGCCCACAAAGAGCAUAACAGCCAAACGAAUGAAAGACUUCAUCUGGAGAAACAUCAUCACAAGAUUUGGCAUCCCAGAAAGUUUGGUCUUUGAUCACGGGACACAAUUCGAUUGCACACCGGUAAAGGAUUAUUGCGCAGAGCUAAGAAUCAAGUUUGCCUACGCAUCAGUAUGCCACCCACAGAGCAAUGGACAUGCCGAGGCGGCGAACAAACAGAUCCUUGGAGCUCUGCGAAAGAAAAUCGAGGAUUUUAAGGGUGCAUGGGCAGACCUCAUACCAGAAAUUUUGUGGUCCAAUAGAACAACUGAGAAAGAGGCGACAGGAGAAAGUCCCUACAAGUUAGCCUUUGGAGCAGAAGCAGUAUUACCGGUAGAGGUUGGCCUGCCCAGUUUCAGAGUGCAAUACUAUGAUGAAAGCACCAAUGAACAACUCAUGAGGGAAUCAUUAGACCUUCUGCCAGAGGUAAGGUUGCUAGCAGAGCUGAGACUCACAGCAAACAAAGAGAGAAUGAGCAGAGCUUACAAUAAAAGAGUCAAACACAGACCUAUGCAUGUGGGAGACCUGGUGCUCCGACGAACAGCGGCCACAGGAAAGGGCAAGGCAGAAGGGAAAUUCACUGCAAAUUGGGAAGGGCCAUACCAGAUCACAAGGGAAAUAGCCCCUGGCUCAUAUCAUCUCAUGACAAUGGAUGGAAAAGAGUUAAAGAACAGCUGGAACGCCAACAUGCUCAAAAAAUACUAUGUUUAGUAUAAGUGAUCUAUACAAUGAUAAGGCAAGAUAAGCCAAAAUUAUCCCCUUUUGUACUCCUUUUUACAGAAUGCAUAUAAUGAAAUGAGCUUGGCGGUUCCAGAAAAAGAUAUGAUGAUAAGCAAAAGACAGUGUAACUUAGAAAUACACCAUGAUACACACAUUCAACAGAUAACUUGACUUGAUCACUCAAGUUAGCUGGAGAACAGUGCCAUGAUGAAUUUCUAAGCUAGAAUAUCGCAGAGUAAUUUCCGAGUUUUGCCUUGGCCAAAGCCAAGGCAAUUCAAAAUUGAAAGCAGCCCAAAAGGUUAGCUAGAAUAUCGCAGAGUAAUUUCCAAGUUUUGCCUUGGCCAAAGCCAAAGCAGUUCAAAAUUGAAAGCAGCCCAAAAGGUUAGUUAGAAUAUCGCAGAGCAAUUUCCGAGUUUUGCCUUGACCAAAGCCAAGACAAUCCAAAGUUGGAGGCAGCUCAGAAGGCUAGCCAGAACACCACAGAGCAGUCCCUGAGUUUUGCCUUGGCAGAAGCCAAGACAGUCCAAAAGGGGAGGCAGUCAUGAGACAUGCUAUAAAGCUUGGCUCUGAUCGAAACCAGAACUUUCCAAAAGGCAAACAAAAUAUCAUAAAUUGGCUAAGUACUUAACAAAAUAUGCAUAUCAAUGCCGGCGGCUAUACCUUCAUUAAAACCAAGAAAAAGAAGAGAUAAAGUACAGCCCUACAAAAUGGCUCUGGGCAGUAAACACACCAGCCCAACUCGAAAAUAUCUAAAAAGAAAAGCAGAAAUAAACUAACUGCAAAUUGUUCCAAAAACAGAGUGGCACAAACGCCACCACCCAACAGGGUAAACUCUAAAUAAUAUUGUUCAAAAACUAAACUAUUACAUAACAGGCCCAGUCACACAAGAAGAACAGGGGGAUAGCCGCCACACCCAUUAUUCGUCAUUGCCUGCAACAUCAUCUUCAUCUGAGAAGGGCAAAUCUCCUGGGUGAAUGUUCUCAACGCAAAAAUCGGGCACAUCACUAGGCUCUGUGGCAUGACCCUCAGCAGCUUCAGCCUCUCGCAGUUCCUUAAGAAUGGUAAGGUGCAGGCCAGCGAGCCAAUCCUCUUCGAUCAAGCUCCAAUCGAACUGCGGAUAUUUGCGCUUGAUUAUAAGAGAGGCUGCUUUCCACCCACCAUCAUACCUCUGCGUCAAAAGGGCAUAUUGAGCGUCAGAUCGACAAAAUUCCCGCACAGCAGCAGCCACCUCCUUCUGCACAGAAAGACGAAGGUCAGCCAGCUCAUCAGCAUGCCUCUGCUCAACAAGGCUUAGUUGCUCCGCCAAAUCCUCAGUACGCUUCCUCUCCGCCUCUAUCUCCGCCUGAGCCUUAGCUAAAUUCUCCCCAGCUAGGCGCAGAGCUACAACCUCACUAGCCAAGUUGUCUCUCUCGACAGAUAUCGCUUGAACAUUGGCAUUGGCAAUAGUAAGGGAAGAAGAUGCUCUUUCGUUUUCCAGGGUCAGGUCUCGGAUCUGCCUGUCCCUUUCUUCAAGAAGAGCAAGAUGUUCAUCAUGCUUCCUCUGAUAGAAGAAAAAGAAGUCACAGAGCUCCUUCACAGCAACCCCAGCCUGCAAAUGGAAAGCAACGCAAAAAAUAAGGAUAAGUUAUAAUAAAAACACGCAAAAAAUUGACUAAGUAUAAAAACAGCAUAGAUUCAUAAGCUUCUUACCUCUAGCACCUUCUGGCAGGCGUUAGCCCCAGGGGUAUUGUAAUCCCCCGUAAAUUUAUAAAUUUUAUUAAUAUAUUUUAACGUAUAUUAUUUAUAUUUAAAUAGAAUUUAUGAAUUUUAGUAAUAAAUAUAUAAUUAACGUAUAUUUAUUUUAUUUUAAGUACGUUCUAAAUAUUUAACGAUUUUCUUGAACUUUAUUAUAUUCAUAUAUUUAAUGUAUAUUUAAUUGUUUUAAAAUAUAUUCUAAAUAUUUUAACGGUUUGUGCAAUCAAGAAUAAUUUUAGAAUUUUAUGUCGAAAAGAAUUUGAAUUAGGAAAACUCAUUGAAUUAGGAAAAACAAUUCGAACCGGUUUUUUAUUCAAACACUAAAAACUAAUAUCCUAAGUCUAGCCCAAUUUGGUAAAGCCCAAAAUAUCAAACCCACAACUCUCCUCCACUCUCCUAUUUCAAUUCACGUAAAAACCAAAAAAAAAACAAAAUCAACAAAACUUUUCUCCCUAUUCACGUGAACCACAAAACCCUCUCAAGCCUUCUUGUUGCUACUGUUCAGCCGCCACCCUGAACCCUCGCCGGCGACCACCGCCGUCCGCCCGCGCCGCCAGUAAGCCAACCCCUCCUCAUCUCCUCCGUCGUCUCUUCCUCCCUCUCUGUUUUCGUCCUUCCUCUCAGCCCUUCGUUUUUGCGCAGCAACACCGCAAGCCACGCCCUGUCACCGCCAGCAACCGCUCCAGCCUCAGCCGCCGGCCGCCGCCACUACAAGCCGGACCACCGCCGUCGCCGCUCACGUUCUCCGCGAGUCUCACCACCACCCAGCAUCACGACGACAGCCGUCGCACUGCCGCCCAGUCGAUCCGCUCCGUCGCGCUGCCCUACCCGCCGGCCAGCACCUCCCCUCUCCUCCUUUUGGCGGAGAAUUCUUUGUAGGCGAUUUUUGAAUUCGUUAAAGUGGCCUAUCGGUUUGUUUACACAAGUCUCUAAGGAUCAAUAAGCAUUGUCCAUCUGCAGGUUUGAAGAUGAUGCAUCAUUGGGGAUCGGGAUUAGAGAGCUUGUAGUUAGAUUUGCUUUAUUAAGUGAUUUGGUUUGUUAACUUAAAUUUGAAAUUUGUCGUACUAUUCGUAUUUCCUUAUUUCAGUUAAAUGGGUUUUGGACUAAA